AUGACGAGUCCCAUGCACGCGCGGAAGGCCAAGCUCAAGACCCACCUCAUCUCCGCCAAGGCGAAGCUCAAGCACAACGUCACCCCGCGCCGCGUCGUCCUCCUCGCUGCCGCCGCCACCUCCGCUUUCCUCCUCGUCUUCACCCUCCGCACCCUCCACUCCGCCGCAUUGCGCGGCGCCAGAGCAGGCGCCGCUGGCGCCACCGCUGCUCCUGCCGCCGCGUCCACGCCGCCCGCCGCCGUCGCCGACGCCCACCACGCUGAUGACCAGCAGGAGCAGCAGCACCACCACCACCAACAACAAGAGUGCGCCAGCAAGGUGCCGGCGUCCGUCGCGGAGGCGCUGGUCCACUACGCGACGUCGAACGAGACGCCGCGGCAGACGGAGGCCGAGGCCGGGGCCGCCGCGCGCGUGCUGGCGCGGCGCGCGCCGUGCGGCCUCCUGCUGUUCGGGCUGGGACCCGACAGCGCGCUCUGGGCGGCGCUCAACCACGGCGGCCGCACGCUCUUCCUCGAGGCCGACGCCGACCGGAUCGCCUCCGCCCGCGCCGCGCACCCGGCCGGCAUCGACCUCCAGGCGCACACCGUCGCGUUCCAGCAAGAGGCCAUGACGAUGACGACGCCGUCCGACGGAGACCUCCUCCUGGUGGCCCUCCGCAACUCCUCCGACUGCGCCGCCGCCGCCUCCCCGGCGAAACCUCUCGCCCCGGACCACCUGGAGCAGUCGCCGUGCGCGCUGGCGCCGCGAGGGCUGCCGGCAGCGUUCUACGAGGCGGAGUGGGACGUGAUCGUGGUGAACGCGCCGGUGCCGGGCGCGAUAUACACCGCCGGGGUGGCGGCGAGGGCCCGGCGCCCGGGGACGGGGGAGACGGACGUGCUGGUCCACGGCGUGGAUGGCACGGCCGAGGAGAGCCUCGCCAGGGCGUUCCUGUGCGAGGGGUACCUCAAGGAGGAAGCUGGCAGGCUCCGGCACUUCUCCAUUCCGAGCCACAGGGACAAGGACGCCAUGCCAUUUUGCCCUUGA